CUCGGUAGAAUCUUGAAAUGGGUCCAGACUCAAGACCACAAAUUGGAGAUCCAUUCCUGAACAAAGUUUCGUCUUUUUAGUUUUUUGGUGUUUCAGAAACCCUAACCAGGGGGAGAUCUCCAGCUUCAACAUCUCAAGUUCCGCAUCCAGGAGCUAGGGCAAUGAACCACAUCAAAUCAUUGAGAGGUAUCAUGAUUACUAAGGAGGCAGUUAGGACAGUGGACCAACGAACAUUUGCUACUGGGACUGGCAAAGCAAAAAAGGGUGCCAAAGGGGGGGCAGCAGCUGAUGCUCCAAAAUCAACACUUAACAAAGAAAUUAAAUCUACUACUGUAGUCGGUGCCAAUAUUCUCAAGGAUGGAGCAGAUCCCAAGAUCUUGCCUGAUUCUGAAUACCCUGAUUGGCUGUGGCAUCUGCUUGAUAAACGUCCUGCACUGAGUGCACUAAGAAGGGAAAAAAUUGAAACUCUCCCCUAUGAAGAUCUCAAACGCUUUGUCAAGUUGGACAACCGUGCAAGAAUCAAGGAAAAUAACUCUGUUAAGGCCAAGAAUUGACAUAAAGCAAUUUGUAAGGGGCAUUGUCUUUUACUCUUUGUUAAGUACAAGUGAUCUUAUUUGUCUAGGGUCCUUUAUGUGACUGAGUAGCAUUGUCAAAUGAUAAAUGGAAUUCCAAGGAAUACAGAAAUGUUUUGGUAUA